AUGGGAAGAUCAAAAAUCAAAAUUGAACUUAUUGAAGAUCACAAGAAGAGGAAGUCUACUUUGGUAAAUCGGAAAGCUGGCUUAGUCAAGAAAAUCUCGGAACUCUCAAUACUUUGUGACGUCAAAGCAUGCAUGAUCAUUUAUGAAAGAAAUUAUAAUCAUCAAAUUUGUCCAAAUGAUUCAAAUGAUGUUCGAGAGCUAAUAAAUCUCUACAAAAAACAGUCACUCGAUGGCCGAACUAAGAGGGGUAAGACCUUGUCCAACUUCUUCGAAAAUGAUGAAUAGUAAAAGGCUGAGAUCAAUGUAGAAAAGUAUCCGACUUGGGAUUCAAGAUUUGACUAUUUAUCUCAAAAAGAAUUACAAAAUCUUGCUGGUGUUGUUGAGAAAAGGAUUGAGAAGGCAAAAGGAAAAAUCGAAUUGUUGAAGAGCAUGAAUGAUCAAGAUCCAAAUAUUGGAAGUUCCUCACUUUCUCAUCAACAAAUAUGGAACAACAACUUGAUGAACCAAACUACUCAAUGGCCUAUUUCUUAUGUGAAUCCUUUUACUGAUUACAACAACUUCUUUCAAGCAAAUAUUCCAAUUAGUGAUGUAAAUUCAAUGGGCGCGGGAAUGGAUAAUGGACUUCUUACUAUCGAUGAUUAUAAAUUUAACAACGUAGAUCAUUUUACGAUGAUUGAGACAGGAACUUGGUUGGCAAAUAAUGGAAUUGGUUCAAGUUCAACUAUGCAACCUAUGAUGAAUAAUGGAACUGAUUCAAGUUCAACAAUGGAGUACCCUUUCAUAUACAAUGGCUAUACUCAUAUGCCUAAUGGAUUUCAGUAG